AAAUAAUUUUACAAAUGUCUGAACAAAGUUCUGAAUCUAAUAAUGGUACUAAUGACAAUUCAAACAAUAAUAGAAGGCCACAAUAUUAUUGUUACUCUUGUCGCAGAGUGAUAGAACCUUUGAUGGCUCCUUAUCCAACCUGCCCUCGUUGUAAUC